AUGAGUUCUGCCAUUCAUCUUCAUAUUGGAGGAGCUGGAGUAAUGAUAGGCGAUGAACUAUGGAAACUUUAUUAGAAGGAGCAAGAGAAGACAAAUGUUAAGAGUUACAUUUACAAUGAAAACGAUAAUAAUCAUCCAUUAUCAAUGUUUAUUGAUUUAGAUGAUAGAAUGGUAAACGAAAUCAAAAAGAAUAAAUCAAUAAAUUAUAAAUCUAACUCUUUUGUUACCGGCAAGGAGGAUGCAUCGAACAACUAUUGCAGGGCACAUUAUACAAUUGGAAAGGAUUUAGUUGAAAAAUGUUUAGAUAAUAUUAGAAAGUAAGUAGAAAGUGUGGGUAGAAUAGAUUCAUUCAUUAUUACAUCUGCUCUAAGCGGUGGAACAGGAUCAGGUUUUACUUCUUUGCUUUUACAUAGAUUAUAUGUUGAAUACGGAGAGAAGGUCAAUAGAAAUGCAUUCUUGAUUUAUCCGUCAAAAGAAAUAUCGAACAAUACAGUGGAUAUCUAUAAUGCUGUUCUAGCAACUCGUAUGACUAUAGAACAUUGUGAUUCGGUUGUAAUGUUCGAUAAUCAAUCGAUGUAUAAUUCCAUAGAUUCACAGAUUGGUUUAGAUUAUGUUGAUUAUACUCACCUUAAUAAUUUAGUAUCCUAAAUAAUUAGUUCGUACACUGGUUUAAGAAGAUACAAUAAUAUUGAUAAUAGCAAAUUAUUUCCUGGACUAUGUCCCUAUCCAUUAGUUCAUUUUGUGAUACCCUCAUAUGGACAAUUGGCAUCUAUAAAUGAUUAGAUUAAUAAAUAAUUAACUGAAAAAUAGCUGAUAUAGUAAAUAACAAAGCCAGCUCAAAGAUUAUUUUAUUCAGAAACAAAACCUGAAUACAUUUGUGCAUCCUUUGUUCAUCGUUCUCAACACUAGAAUAACUUUUUUGGUUAAUAUGAUUUGACGCUUUAAAGAAUGAAAACUAAAUAUCAAGCAAGUCCAAAUGUGUUUCAAUGUUUAUCUGAAAAUUAUACAGUUAUUGCAGAACUUGCAUAAUUAAAGUAAACUGCUAUAUUUCUUUCAAAUGAUGCCUCCUUAUUCAAUUACUUUGAAUUACUUGGUAAGAAGUAUGAUUAAGUCUAUGCCAAAAGAGCAUUUGUUCAUUGGUUUGUUGGAGAAGGUUGUGAAUCUGGGGAGAUGUCAGAAUGUAGAGAAAAUGUUGCUUAUCUAAGCAAUAACUAUGAAGAGCUGACAGAUGGAGCGCUCAGAGUUUGCUAAAUGUAAGAUGAUGAUGAUUGA